AUGUCCAACAGAUAUCAAGCAAGUGCAACUUUUAUUCAAGUUGUCCACCAUCCUCAAAGUGGGAAGCACGACCCAGUCAUAAUUCCCCUGGACAGUGUUACCCCUUCAGCUGAUCAAGGCAACCACAAAGCUGGACUUGGCUCUGCACUGGAGAUCAAACUGUGGGUGCCCUUUCACAAUUAUGCCAACUUUGAAUACGCGGAAAUAGUGGUCAGGGGAUUAUUAAACAUCGAGAAGACUUUACAAGUAGCACAUGCGCAAUAUGUCCAGUUUCAGGAAGGCAAUGUUUCUGCAUGUUAUCUAGGAGAAACUCAUUACUUCAAGUUUCAGUAUCGAGAUCCGUGGAAAAUCUAUCGCAACUGGAUUAUGGAUGAGACAUUAGUGCCUCUCAUCCUUUGGAAUCCCUGUCGCAAAUAUUAUUGCCGCCAAAAUGGUAGGAUAGUCUUGAAAGGACGCAUAUACGACGAGUUCAAUUCAGCCAACAAAUGGUGGGACGUACAGGAAUACUUUCCACAAGAAGAACCACCGCAUUGCUUUCUACCAAUCUCUCUCUGGCUCAACAAAGGGAAUAUCACUAAGCGGAAAUGCAUCGGAAAUGGAGGAGGUGUUCUUGUAGGGUAUAUGCCAAUUCCUCUGGACCCGGCCAACCCAUCUGACCAAAACACUGCUGAUACCAUUAAAUGGCAGUGCUUCAAGCGUGAAGUUUACCACAAGGUCGCCAAAGUAAUAUUCCACUCACUACGAUGGCCUGCACACUUCAGAGAAGCAAUGGCCUGUGGUGACAAAAUUGGAAAAUGGGGUAAGCACAUCUCGCUCCUCCUCACAGUGUUAGCAGAAAACGGAAACAAAGGCCAUAUGGCCAGAAAUAUGCGGAAUGUAUCAAGAUGGCCUGGACUCAAACACUUCAUGAACGUCACCACAGUCAAAUAUGCGGAUGGUCAAGUGUUUUAUGAUAUACUCAAGUGUAUUCUCCACUGCAUCGUCCAAAUUCUCCCUAGGAACUCAACAUUAGUACAUGGUAUCCAAGCCUAUGCUAGAUAUCCACUCAUGAUUGGCCUCAUUUGUAUGACCGAAGGGAGGACACACCGGCUUAAAGAAUAUAUUACUCAAUAUGAACAAUGUUGUGAACACAUUUCAAACAAUUACGAGAAGGACUUCCACUUUAGCAAGCAACACACUGUAUAUCAUAUGCUCACAGAAAUCUGGCAGAAGGGUGCGACAGAAAACUACGACACACGAAUGGCUUGCAUUGACAAGAACCAGGAAGCCAUCACCCACAUACGAAUGACCGUUGACAACUAUGAUAAAGCCCACCAUAACAACACUGAGGACCAAGACUUAAGAGAUGACGCUGGCAGUAAUGAUGACCAGAGGUUGAUGCAACCUACCCCCGGUAACCACUGGAUGCUAGGAUCUCCCACAAACCUGACAAGCUUGGUAGUUAUAGAGCAUUGCGAGGGCCUCAAAGGAUUUCACAAGCGUCUGCGGAGUUUCUUAGUCUCAAGUUGCAAUGUAGCCGUUGGAGACGGUCCCAUCAUAAUUAGGAAAUAUGAAUAUUUCAAGCCAUCAAAUGGAAUUCCGAGGACCAGAUGGUUGGGGGCACUUUUAUAUGAUGAAGCGAGACAUUUCAAGUUGGUCAUGGCUGGGUCCCUGAUUCGGGGAGCUCAUAUGAUUGAGGCUUUUGAUCUGAAGGAAGGCCGGUUUUACUUAAGUGACUUGAUUGACGGUGAUAUGUUCCUACAUUUUGGGAAGUGA